UGGGUUCCUUCAGUCUAGUUGGUAGUACUCUCCGGAUAGCAUUAGUUAGAAAUUAAAUUCGACCCUGAAAAUUCCUUCAUUAAGUGCUUUCGUUUUUGGUUAGAAAGUGUUAAGUGAAGGAGAACGAAGAUGAAUAAUCAAGGAGUUUCCGGAGUACCUGCUACUGCAGGGAGAACACAAACAAAAAGACAGGAACAGGCAUUUUUUGGAGGUGCGAUGGUUAUUAUGACCACUGGAUUAUUCAUAGCACAGACUUCAUACAUUUGGUUUAUGCCCAAUCAGUGGGCUUUCUACGGACUGAAUACUGCAGGAUACGUUCAUGCUCUUGUUAGUUGGAAUGUAGCAUUCAUAAUGGGUUCAGCAUUAGCUGCAUUUGCGGUUUGGAAAUUUCAAAAAGAUAAAAUCUACUAUCUUUCAGCCAUUCUAGUCACAAUUGGUGGCGUACUUAUGAUACCAUCAUGGGAUUCAGCAGCACCACUCAUACUAGCUCGAUACAUCGCAGGCAUUGGACAAGGAUUAGCAUUUUUGCCUACAAUCAUCCACGCAUCAGAAGUAUCCCCAUCAGACUUUCGUGGAACAACACUUGGAUCCAUUAGCUUUUACUUAGUUUGUUCUGGUGUAAUUGGUUUCGCCAUGAUUGACAUGCUCAUCUACAUCGGUUCAAUGGACUUUUUUGUUGAUCAAGUGCUCGGAAUCCUGACGCUCUGCUUCGGACUGAUCAGCAUUGUCCUUAACUACUUCAGAUGCAUCGAAUCGCCAGUCUAUCAUUUACAGAACAAUGACACCAGCAGCGCUAUCUCUUGUUUGGCGAAAUUAAACGUAGAUCACCCUUCAUCACCCAAUGUGGCUAGUGACCUUGUGCAUCUGCAGGCUUUCGUUGAUGGACAAAGACGGUUCAGUGGAAGUCUGAGACCCUUUAUAAGGGUAGUGGCCUUACGCGCAGUUUAUGCUUUAUCCACACUAACCGUCUUCAAUUUGUUCACGAAUAUGUUCCUCGUCGGAGAGUUGCACCAGAAUACGUUGCUGAUUGCCUUCUUGGUUAGAUUUUCUGGUGAGGCCAUCGGUAUUUACUCUGUGGACAAAGCUGGACGACGUAUAUUGUUGCUGAUUUCAUUUGGAGGAUGUGUUGCAUCGUUCGUUGUGAUUGGCGGCUUGUUUCUCGGUGAUGUUGACUAUUCGAUAAUUGUAACUGGCGGUGCUUUCUCCAUGGUAUUUAACUUCUUCUUGGGACUUGGAUUGAGCCACAUUUCUGUGAUUUACAUGGGAGAGAGUUUUGCUGUUGAUCGAAAACCAUUUUAUAUCUUUGUAGCACUGUUUUUGGAAAACGUGAUACAAAUAGUUGCAAUGGUAAUAUGUUGCUAUGUCACCAUUGAGGUCGCGCCAGCCUAUUUGAUCGUGGCCGCUGUGCAGAUAGUAGUUGGGGGCAUGGUGUGCUGGAAGACUCCAGAAACGAAACGCUUGACAUUGAACGAGAGCCGUGAUAUUUUGGAAUGACAUCGAAGUCCCUUUGGACCGUAUUGGUCUCCAAAAUAGCUUUUUACUAUUUGUUAACUAAUUGAGUGUAAUGAAAAGAUGCAAUGCAAUUAUACUUUUCUAGAAUUUAUUUUAGAAUUUUAUUACGAUUUUUUUAAAUGAUUAUG